CGUCCUAAGCAAUUUAGCCAUGCCACUCCUAGUACGAACCCUGCAGCUCCAUCUACUUGCCUUCCAUGCCGCGCUCGUCGUUAACGCCAUAUCCGGCGUGCCGGCAUCACCCAAGCCGAACAAUUGCCCUGACAGGUGCGGGGACGAGCAAAUCCCUUACCCAUUCGGCGUUGGCACCGGGUGCUCUCUGUCGCCCGAAUUCGACCUCACCUGCAACGAGACGACGACUCCUCCCACCCUGCUCACCGGCGAAGCCAAGGUCACCAACAUCACGCUGGAGACGGCGCGGCUGGUCAUCUACACCCACCUGACCUAUAGCUGCGAUGUGCCGACCAGCAACACUACGACCGACCACAUGACCACCAGCAUGGCCCUCAACGUCGCCACCCCGUUCCUGCUCUCGCCGUCCGAGAACAUGUUCACGGCCGUCGGUUGCAGCUUGACGGCAAGGAUCAAGGGCCGCGGCAAGAGCUCCUACCUCACUGGCUGCAUCACGACCUGCGCCAGGGUGAAUGACACCGGUGACGACGGCACGCCCUGCAGCGGGCACGGCUGCUGCCAGGCCUCGUUAACUCCUAACCUCACCGAAGUCAGCGUCAAGUGGGAGAACAGGCGAGGCAGAAGUCCUGUGGCUGACAACCUGUGCCAGUAUGCUUUCGUCGCUACCAAAGGCUGGUACAGUUUCAGCAAAAAUGACCUGAUUGGGAAUAUGACAUUCGCCAAUAGACUUGGAAGCGGCCCUGUUGUUCCAGUUGUUCUUGACUGGGCAGUUAGGGAUGGGACAUGCCCCCCGACUUCCGAGGGUAACGGCAAGGAAAUUGUUCCUAACGGUGCCGCCUGUGUUAGCAGUCAAAGCUAUUGUGUAAAUGCAAGUAAUGGAGCACCGGGCUAUUUCUGCAAUUGCUCCACGGGAUACACCGGUAAUCCAUACAAAAAAAAUGGGUGCACAAAUAUUGAUGAGUGCGCAUUACGACGAUCACCAAAUUCCACAAUGUACGAGAAUAUCUAUCCUUGCCGUGGAGGGACAUGCCACGAUACCGAAGGUGAUUAUGAGUGUAAGUGUAAUUUCGGACGAAGAGGAGACGGCAAGAGUGACAAAGGUUGUGAACCCGUAUUGUCCAGACCUGCAGUCGCAGUGAUAGGAACAAUUGGCGCAAUCGCAUUACUGUUCAUGCUAGUAAUAUUUUUGCACAUGGAGCGAGAGAACAGGAAGCUGAGGGACCGAUUCAACAGGAAUGGCGGGUCGUUCCUCAAGAGCGCCGGGAUCGAGAUCUUUACCAAGGACAAGUUGGGUCGCAUCACAAACAAGUACAGCUGCAUCAUUGGCAAAGGUGCCUUCGGUAAGGUCUACAAGGGGACCACCGACGCCGGCGUUGUUGUUGCUGUGAAGCGCUCCAUCAUCGUCAACAAGGACCGGCAGAAGGAUUUCGCGAAUGAGAUCACGGUCCAAUCCAAGAUCAGCCACCCAAACCUGGUCCGGCUCAUGGGUUGCUGCCUGGAGACGGAGGUGCCCAUGUUGGUCUACGAGUUCAUCCCCAGAGGGAGCCUUCAGGACGUGCUUCACGGAAACGACCACCCUCUCCCACUGGAAACACGCCUCGACAUUGCCAUCAGCUCCGCUGAGGGGCUCGAUUACAUGCACUCGCAGAGCCAGAUGGUCCUCCAUGGUGAUGUCAAAUCUGGCAACAUCCUCAUCGACGACAGCUUCACGCCCAAGGUGUCGGACUUUGGGACGUCCAGGCUCAUGUGCAUCGACAAGGACCACACCAACUGGGUGGUCGGGGACAGCAGCUACAUCGACCCCGUGUACAUGAAGACCGGGCUGCUCACCGCUAAGAGCGACGUGUACAGCUUUGGUAUCGUGCUGCUGGAGCUCGUUACCCGAAAGAAGGCUAGGUACGGGCAGAAUCGUAGCCUUCCGAUGGACUACGUCAAGGCUUCCAAGGAUGGCACGGCAAGGCAGCUAUUUGAUGAGGAGGUUUCAGCCAAUGUUGAGGAGAACAUGGAGUCCCUCGAGGAGAUUGGCAAGAUUGCAGUGAAGUGUCUUGAGGAAGACGUGAAUAACAGGCCUACCAUGGGAGAAGUCAGGAAGGAAAUUGAAAAGUGUAAGACACAAUGGUUGCGAAGCCAGGGGAGGGCAAAUGAGGUAAUCCCCUAUGCUCGAUCUCUGGCCAUCUUGAAACAAAAUCGAACUACAUAUGCAUACGUCAUGUGCUUGCAAUUGCAUGCAGGAACAAUCGGCGCAAUCGCAUUACUGUCCGUGCUAGUAAUAUUCUUGCAUAUGGAGCGAGAGAACAGGAAGCUGAGGGACCGAUUCAAUAGGAACGGCGGGUCGUUUCUCAAGACCGCCGGGAUCGAGAUCUUCACCAAGGAGAAGCUGGACCGCAUCACAAACAAGUACAGCUGCAGUAUCGGCAGAGGCGCCUUCGGCAAGGUCUACAAGGGGACAACCGACACUGGUACUGUUGUUGCCGUGAAGCGCUCCAUCAUUGUAAACAAAGACCGGCAUAAGGAUUUUGCGAACGAGAUCACGGUCCAAUCCAAAAUCGACCACCCGAACCUGGUCCGGCUCGUGGGCUGCUGCCUAGAGACGGAGGUGCCCUUGCUGGUCUACGAGUUCGUCCCCAAAGGGAGCCUUCAGGAUGUGCUUCACGGCAACAACGACCCUCUCCCGCUGGAAACACGCCUCAACAUUGCCAUCAGCUCCGCCGAGGGGCUCGAUUACAUGCACUCGCAGAGCCAGAUGAUCCUCCACGGCGACGUCAAAUCCGGCAACAUCCUCCUCGACGACAGCUUCACGCCCAAAGUGUCGGACUUUGGGACGUCCAGGCUCAUGUCCAUCAACAAGGACCACACCAACUGGGUGGUCGGGGACAGCAGCUACAUCAACCCCGUGUACAUGAAGAUCGGGCUGCUCACCGCUAAAAGUGACGUGUACAGCUUCGGUAUCGUGCUGCUCGAGCUCGUCACCCGAAAGAAGGCUAGGUACGGGGAGAAUCGUAGCCUUCCGAUGGACUACAUCAAGGCUUCCAAGGAUGGCCCAACAAGGCAGAUGUUCGAUGAUGAGGUUUCAGCCAAUGUGGAGGAAAACAUGGAGUGCCUCGAGGAGGUUGGCAAGAUCGCGGUGCAGUGUCUCGAGGAAGACGUGAAUAACAGGCCUACCAUGGGAGAAGUCAAGGAGAAACUUGAAAAGUGCAAGAGCCAAUGGUUGCAAAACCAGGGGAAGGCAAAUGAGGUAAUCCCCUAGUCUUAAUUAGCUGGUACGUAAGGUGUAACCCUGAGUUGAACUUUGUAAGUAGCCAAUUUCUUUUCGUUGAUGUAGUCUACUGCAGUUAUAACUUGCAUAUGCUUUCUCCAGUGUGUGAUGUACUUGUGCUUGCUAUGCAAUUGCAAUAACUUACUGUGUGUGACUAA